AUGAAGGAUAAUGGUGGUGCAAACGUAUGGGACCCAGUUAAGUUCACAUGCGAAAAAUUUGAAUGCAAGAGAAUAGAAAGCAGACUUGCCGUUUAUAUGUUGGACCCAGAUAUUUCAAAUGCUUUAGCUGCCAAAUAUAUUGCAGUUCCACUUAUGUUCCAUAUCCAUCAAAUAUCUGUCAAAGAUUUUGCAGGUGAAGUUGGAAACCAAAAUCCAGGAACUCCUGGUAGCAGAACAGAUAUUGCUUUAACAACUGCUAUGAAACAUGCAGACACAAUGUUUGUUCUUUUCAGACGAACUAUAAAUGACUAUUCUUGUUUCUACAACCCUGGUAUUAAAUAUCAUAUAAACAUAGAUGGCAAAUAUUAUCCAAGAGAAGAAUAUUCUACAGUUGAGGAUAUGAGGUCAUACAACUUGACAUUAGAUGCUAUGAACUUUAACAACAACUUCACAACAACCAUUAACCCUGAAAUGCAAAGUUCUAUUAUGCCAUAUGUGAAAGUAUGGACUCAUACAGGAGGUCAAAAAACUCAAUAUACAAAUGGAGACCGUUCAAACUUUUGGCUUGGCAUUCCAUUUGCUGACUCA